AUGGCUACUGUUCCUUUGAAAGAUGAGCUAGACAUUGUGAUACCAACCAUUAGAAAUUUAGAUUUUCUUGAGAUGUGGAGGCCAUUUUUCGAACAAUAUCAUUUAAUUAUUGUACAAGAUGGUGAUCCUUCAAAGACUAUUAAAGUACCUGAUGGCUUUGAUUAUGAGCUCUACAAUCGUAAUGAUAUUAACAAAAUUUUGGGUCCGAGGGCUUCUUGUAUUUCAUUCAAAGACUCGGCUUGUCGUUGCUUUGGUUAUAUGGUGUCCAAGAAGAAGUAUAUUUACACUAUUGAUGAUGAUUGCUUCGUUGCAAAGGACCCAAGUGGGAAAGAUAUUAAUGCAUUGGAACAACACAUAAAGAAUCUUCUUUGUCCAUCAACUCCCUAUUUUUUCAACACACUUUAUGAUCCAUUUAGAGAUGGUGCUGAUUUUGUGCGUGGAUACCCUUUUAGUCUACGUGAGGGUGUUUCAACUGCAGUCUCUCAUGGAUUAUGGCUCAACAUUCCUGAUUAUGAUGCACCUACUCAACUUGUCAAGCCUCUUGAGAGGAAUACUAGGUAUGUUGAUACGGUGUUGACGAUCCCUAAGGGUACACUCUUCCCAAUGUGCGGUAUGAACCUGGCAUUUGACCGUGAUCUUAUUGGUCCUGCUAUGUACUUUGGUCUCAUGGGAGAUGGUCAACCUAUUGGACGUUACGACGAUAUGUGGGCUGGUUGGUGCUGCAAGGUUAUAUGUGAUCACUUGGGAUUGGGUAUCAAGACUGGAUUACCCUACAUCUACCACAGCAAGGCUAGUAAUCCAUUUGUAAAUCUGAAGAAAGAGUACAAUGGAAUAUUCUGGCAAGAAGAAAUAAUUCCAUUUUUUCAGCAAAUGAACCUGUCUAAAGAGUCAACUACUGUCCAGAAAUGCUAUGUUGAAAUGGCCAAGCAGGUUAAUGAAAAACUUGGGAAAAUUGAUCCUUAUUUUGUGAAGCUUUCUGAUGCUAUGAUCACUUGGAUUGAAGCUUGGGAUGAGCUCAAUCCUCCUGCUAAAGACUCUGCCAAAGCUACUAAUGCUGCUUCCAAAUAAAUUAUUUCAUAGUUUUUUUAUUUUGUAACUUCUUAGUUUACUUGCAGUAUCUUAUUGCUUUGGAUUUAUAUAAUUUUGUCGUUGUAUACACACCACCCCUCACACUAAAGGAGCUAGUCAUGUCCGAAGUUGUUACCUUAACCACAAGUAGGGGAUGCCGGAGGCUGGUCUAGUGAACUUGAGAGUUGUAGGGGAAGUCUAUAUUUGGAGUAUUUGUGGGCGUAAAACUCAUCCUUUAAUUCCUGUAAACUGUAAUAAACCAUAAGGUCUUCACUUUUAUGCGAAGAUCAGAUGAAAAUUUUAAUUUUCUUCUCUUUCCUACAAAA